AUGGCCCAUCUAGCCAAGGAAGCAAAGGCUCAUAACAACAACCAAGCGAACAAACCCUCAGGGUCUGUUAACACCCGCUUCCCGCAACUUGAAUGGAACCAAAAAAACAAUGAGGAUGCUAAGCCAAAGAACGAAAAACACAUGAUUCAACAUACAUGUGCAAACGUAGCCCUCUCCACGAUAAAAGUUCCAAACAUCACAUUUUCCAGUGAUGACCCAAUACCCGAACAUUGCACGGGCGAGGAACCCCUAAUCAUCAAGGCGAUUGUUGGUACCACACAAAUUCACCGAAUUUAUGUUGACGGAGGAAGUUCAGCUGAAAUCAUGUAUGAACAUUGCUUUGAACAACUCACUACAGAAGAAAAGGCAAUAAUGUUACCACCUACGGCACCACUUGUCGGAUUUUCUGGUCAAGUAUCAUGGCCCUUGGGCACGAUUAGCUUACCAGUUACCCUAUAUGAUUACCGUGGACGAAUGAGCAAGACAAUAAUAACCGAUUUCAUGAUUAUUAGAGCUCCUUCACCCUACAACAUCAUUUUAGGACGACCUGGAAUGAGGCAGCUUGGCGCAGUGGCAUCCCCCCUACAUUCAAUUAUGAAGUUCACCACAAAACAUGGAAUCGCCAUUAUUAUUGGCGAACGACUCCAACAACCCACUUGUAAUCAAAUCUCCAGAAAAAGAGAUCACCCGGAUUCCUCCAACGAUACACAGGACGUAGAAAAAAUAGUCAUCAAUGAGUCAUAUCCAGAACAGAAAGUUUCGAUAGCUGCAAACCUCCCAAGAACACUGAAGCAACAUCUCUGUGAAUUCUUGAGUUCCAACAAGGAUGUGUUUGCUUGGACGCCUUCUGAUAUGACAGGUGUGCCUCGAGAACUUGCAGAACAUAAGCUCAACGUUCACCCGCGAACAUUCCCGGUUUGGCAAAAGAAACGUGUUUUAGCAAAAGAAAGGAGUAAUGCAAUAACCACAAAAGUCAAAAAAUUAGUUGAGGCACGUAUUCUCAGGGCUAUAUUUUUUCCUAAAUGGGUAUCCAACCCCGUUAUGGUAAAAAAUAUAGAUGGCACAUGGCGAAUGUGCAUCGAUUUUACAAACUUGAACAAGGCUUGCCCAAAAGACAGCUACCUGUUACCAGAAAUAGAUCAAAAAAUAGAAUCUCUGGAAGGAUAUAAGCUGAAAUGUUUCCUCGAUGCCUAUAAAGGUUAUCAUCAGAUACGCAUGGCCAAGGAAGAUGAAGAGAAAACAUCUUUCCACACCGAACAUGGGACCUUUUUGUGA